CCCGGGGAACACGUGAGCCCUCGCCAAGCGUUUCCGCGAAGCCAGACUUGGCGUUCCGCUGGAUCCGAGCGCCCGCUGGCCAAUCCGCAGCCGGGAACUGGCCAUGUCCGCCCCGUCCUGCCAAGCACAAGUCACGGGGCCGUGGCAACUCUUCUAACCUACCUGGGCUAAGUAGGUUCUUGGAAGGGUUUCUAACUUUGGAAGGUUCCAAUUCCUGCGUCAUCCCCCGCUCUUUCCCAGAGACCGACACUCGGCGAGCCCAUUGUCAAGGAUGGGAGUUCAUUUCAACACAGUCCUUUCAUUGGCGUUGGCUCCUUCAUUGCUGAAACCUUGAUAAGAACCCCAAGAGAUGAGAUACGAGGCACCGAGGCAAGAGGACCGAGAUGGAGGAAGUUAAAUACGGUGCUCUCCCCCGGUCUGGGGUACAAGACUCUCUUGAAAGAAGAAAAAAGACCCAUCAGAGCAAUCAAGAUGGAACAGUCACAGAAAAGAAAGGAUGGGCGGGUCUUAUCAAUGCCCGCUCACUCGCUAUCGGCUGAGAUGGUCCUGGCAGAGCUGACUGUCAACCCAGACGAAGGUUUGUCCGCAGAGGAGGCCAAGAGCCGUCUCGACCGGCAUGGUCCGAACAUGUUGGAAGGAGGCAAAGAGGUCUCCUUGGUGAAGAUUUUUGUGCGGCAGAUAGCCAACGCCAUGAUGCUGGUGCUUAUUCUUGCCAUGGCGGUCAGUUUUGGGAUCCAGUCGUGGAUCGAAGGGGGUGUUAUUUCGGCCGUCAUCGCCCUUAACAUCGUCGUCGGCGUAUACCAGGAUUACGCUGCUGAGAAAACCAUGGAUUCGCUGCGGUCGUUGAGUUCUCCUACUGGCACCGUCUCCAGGAACGGUAAAACAGUGGUGAUUCCAGCCAUUGAGAUUGUUCCGGGGGAUAUGGUUGAGUUGAAAGUUGGUGAUACAGUUCCUGCUGAUCUUCGUCUCACAGAAGCUGUCAAUUUCGACACCGACGAAGCCCUUUUGACGGGAGAGUCUCUGCCCGUGCAGAAAGAUGCGGAAGCCAUCUUUGAACCGGAUACAGGACCUGGCGAUCGGCUGAACAUCGCCUACAGCUCGUCUACAGUGACUCGGGGACGUGCCCGCGGUGUAGUCAUUGGAACGGGCAUGCAAACCGAGAUUGGCGCGAUUGCUGCGGCUCUUCAGUCCCAAGGCUCCAAACGCCGACCAGUCAAGCGGGGACCAAAUGGUGAGACCAAGAAACGCUGGUAUCUCCAAGCAUGGACCUUGACCGGGACGGACGCUGUCGGCCGGUUCUUGGGCGUCAAUGUCGGGACGCCACUGCAGAGGAAGCUCUCUAAGCUCGCUUUGCUCCUGUUUGCUAUUGCUGUCGUUUUCGCAAUUGUUGUCAUGGCCGCAAAUAAUUGGCGUAGUGACAAGGAAGUUAUCAUCUAUGCAGUCGCAACUGGACUGGCUAUGAUUCCCGCCUGUCUCGUCGUUGUGCUAACGAUCACCAUGGCAGUUGGGACUCGGCAAAUGGUCCAGAGACAUGUCAUUGUACGCAAGUUGGAUUCUCUGGAGGCCCUUGGUGCGGUCACCAAUAUUUGCUCUGAUAAAACGGGGACCCUCACCCAGGGGCGAAUGGUCGCCAAACGAGCCUGGAUCCCAUCCAGAGGAACAUACUCUGUUGGGGCUUCGAGCGACCCAUUAAACCCUGAGGAGGGAGAUCUGAGCUUGGUUCCUGCCCCCCCAGCCAAGGUGGAAAGAGAGACUCGAGGCCCUGUGUAUUCCCCUACAGAUUUGCUUACAGGGAACACAGCGUUGGAGAGCUUCCUUAACGUGGUAUCCAUGGCCAAUCUGGCUCAUGUUCACAAGUCCGCCCACAAUGAAUGGCAGGCCCGUGGAGAACCUACAGAUAUUGCCAUUCAAGUGUUUGCUUCUCGGUUCGAUUGGAAUCGGGAUCGCUGGACCAAAGGAGACAAUCCACUCUGGCAACAAAAGGCGGAGUAUCCGUUUGACUCGACUGUUAAGAAGAUGUCGGUCAUCUUUUCUCGCGAUGGCCAGGAGAUGGUCUUCACCAAGGGUGCUGUUGAACGAGUGCUUGAGUCCUGUACAGCUAUUGAGUGGGAAGCCGAUUCGGCGCCUAUACCUUUGACUGAAGAGAUUCGGAAUGAGAUCCUUCAUAACAUGGAAGCUCUUGCGAAGGAAGGCCUCCGUGUACUAGCGCUUGCCAGCCGACCACAUGAGUCUGAGGAUACUGGCCUUGAUGUAGGAGAAACUCUGCCUCGCAAACAAGUAGAGAAAGAUCUCCUUUUUCUGGGUCUCAUUGGACUUUAUGACCCCCCCCGGCCAGAAACAGCCCAGGCAAUUGAAGAGUGUCAUCGCGCCGGCAUCUCAGUACAUAUGGUAACGGGCGAUCACCCUGGCACUGCACGCGCGAUUGCUGCGCAAGUGGGAAUCAUCCCAAAACACAUGCUCAUGGUAGCACAGGGUGUGGCCGAUACGAUGGUGAUGACAGCCAGCCAGUUUGACAAGUUGUCAGAAGACGAGAUCGACAGACUGCCGACACUGCCCGCUGUCAUUGCACGAUGCGCACCCAACACUAAGGUCAGGAUGAUAAAUGCACUGCACCGCCGGGGCCGGUAUGUCGCGAUGACAGGGGACGGGGUAAACGACUCCCCAUCCCUUAAAGAGGCAGACGUGGGCAUUGCGAUGGGCCAAUCCGGCUCAGACGUCGCGAAGGAUGCCUCGGAGCUGGUGCUUACAGACGACAACUUCGCCUCCAUUAUCAAUGGGAUCGAAGAAGGACGGCGCAUUUUCGACAACAUCCAGAAGUUUGUGUUGCAUCUGCUGGCCGAGAAUGUUGCGCUCGCCUGUACGCUGCUCAUAGGCCUCGCGUUCAAGGAUCAAGACGGACAGUCCGUGUUCCCCAUUGCACCCGUUGAAAUCCUCUGGAUCAUCAUGGUCACUUCCGGGCUUCCAGACAUGGGACUAGGGAUGGAAAUUGCAGCGUCAGAUAUCAUGGACCGACCCCCUCAAAGCAAACAAGGUAUCUUCACUUGGGAAGUGAUCGUUGACAUGACCGUGUACGGCCUCUGGAUGGCCGCCCUGUGCCUCUGCGCUUUCUCCCUCGUCCUCUUCGGCUGGGACGACGGCAAUCUGGCACGAGGAUGUAAUAGUAGCUAUAGCGCCGAGUGCGACGCCGUGUUUCGCGCGCGAGCAACCACCUUCGUUUGCAUGACAUGGUUUGCUCUCUUUCUCGCCUGGGAGAUGACCCAUUUACGACGGAGCUUCUUCCAUCCAUCCCCAUCACCUGCAGGUUCAGGAUCAGCCCUUUCUGAUCCCUUGCGGCGCAUCUGGCACAACCAGGUUCUCUUCUGGGGCAUUGUCGCCGGGUUCAUUACUGUAUUUCCUAUCCUGUAUAUCCCUGUGAUCAACCGGGUCGUCUUCAAACACACGGGUAUCUCUUGGGAAUGGGGGAUUGUGCUCAUCGAGGCAUGUCUCUUCUUUCUCGGCGUGGAGGGUUGGAAAUGGUGCAAGCGAGCGUAUUUCCGCCGGAGGAGCAGUGGGCAGUCUAAUGCAGCUGAGACGCUGGAUACGCCAUGUUUUAGUCAGUAUACGACCAUGAGCCGGUCCGAUACUGAGAAGAUGGUAUAGGGG